UCUCUGUCUUUCUCUUGUGAUAUUAUUCCUAUAUACAAACAAAUCACUACAUUUGUUUCUUAUACUACUGCUGCUACCACCACCAGUUCUUUUGUUGUUGUUAUUGUUUGUUGUUUAUUAGUAUUGUUUAUUGCUGCUGCUGCUGCUGAUGUUGUUGAGAAUGAGAAAGGAGGAAGAGGAGGUGAAGCAGGUGGAGGAAGAGGAAGAGGAGAAGGUGAGGGUGUUGGUGGUGGAUGAUUCACCACUGGACAGGAGGAUUGUGGAAAUGAUGCUUAACAGAUGUGGAGGAUUCUUUGAAGUGAUUGCUGUCGAAAGUGGAGUAAAAGCUAUUGAAGUUCUCGGAUUAAAUGAAGGAAAAGCUGACUGCCCCAUUGUUAACGUGCAGAAGAUUGACAUAAUUCUUACUGAUUAUUGUAUGCCUGGAAUGACUGGGUAUGAUCUCCUCAAAGCAGUCAAGGAGAACAACCACCCGGGCUCGAUUCCUGUAGUGAUCAUGUCUUCUGAAAAUGACCCUCAAAGAAUCAAGAGUUGUCAAGCAGUAGGAGCAGAGGACUUUUUUUCUUAA